CUAAUUAGGGAAAAUAAAAAUAAAUAAAGAAAUGAAAAAGAAAAAGGCAACUUAACUUAACCAGGGUUGAAAUACGAGAGCUAAAUAGAACGAACAACGGUCCAGAUUAAUCCUCGUCAACUCAUCCAACGACUCAUGGUAGCUCAUAGUAGAACAUAGGUUAGGGCUAUUUCUCUCCGGUACAGAGACCCCAUGGAUCUCUGGGUACGACCAAUCUGAAUCACUGAAUCAAAAUCUAAAAUUAGGGUUUGGUCUACGUGAUGGAGAUGGACUACUUGACAGAAUUUCCCCUCUCUCACAUAGAUCGUCGUCCAAGGAAGAAGGCUAGGUUUGCUUGGGAUGUUACCCAAUCUAAUGCAAAGGCUCAGUCAGACUUGUUUUGUGGACAAGAUGGUGGAAAUGGGACAAGCUUUGGACCUUCAAGGGUACUCCCAGACCAUCCUAGUCUUUUUGUUAAGGGAUUGACUCAAAGAAGCUCUCCCCCAUGGCGAGAAGACGACAAAGAUGGGCAUUACAUGUUUGCGCUCGGAGAGAAUUUAACUUCUCGCUAUAAAAUCCACAGAAAAAUCGGUGAAGGUACAUUUGGUCAGGUUUUGGAAUGCUGGGAUAGGGAGACAAAGGAGAUGGUGGCAAUAAAAGUUGUGAGAAGUAUUAAAAAAUAUCGUGAAGCAGCAAUGAUUGAAAUUGAUGUUUUACAUUUGCUUGGAAAAUAUGAUAGAACUGGCAGUCGAUGUGUUCAAAUACGGAACUGGUUUGACUAUCGCAACCAUAUAUGUAUUGUAUUUGAGAUGCUUGGACCAAGUUUAUAUGAUUUUCUGAGGAAAAAUAAUUAUCGCCCGUUUCCAGUUGAUCUUGUCCGUGAGCUUGGUCGACAACUGUUGGAAUGUGUAGCAUUCAUGCAUGAUAUGCGGCUCAUUCAUACUGACUUGAAACCAGAGAACAUACUCUUUGUGUCUUCAGAAUAUGUGAAAGUGCCCGACUACAAGGUCUCUUCUCGAUCACCCAAGGAAGGAAUCUUCCAUAAAAGGUUGCCAAGAUCUAGCGCUAUUAAGGUUAUUGAUUUUGGUAGCACAGCCUAUGAACAUCAAGAACACAACUAUAUUGUCUCUACAAGGCACUAUCGUGCUCCUGAGGUGAUUCUUGGACUUGGAUGGAAUUACCCAUGUGAUAUAUGGAGUGUUGGUUGUAUCUUGGUAGAAUUAUGCUCGGGAGAAGCAUUGUUUCAGACACAUGAGAACUUAGAACAUCUAGCAAUGAUGGAGAGGGCAUUAGGCCCGUUACCACAGCAUAUGCUUAAAAGAGCAGAUCAUCAUGCCAAUAAGUAUGUGAAAAAGGGUAGAUUGGACUGGCCAGAAGGAGCAACCUCUCGUGAAAGUAUCAAAGCCGUCCUGAAGUUACCCCGUCUUCAGAAUCUAAUAAUGCAGCAUGUAGACCACUCGGCCGGGGAACUCAUCGACCUUUUGCAAGGUCUGCUUAGAUAUGAUCCUAUUCACAGGCUAACAGCUCGUGAAGCCCUUAGGCAUCCAUUCUUUACCAGGGAUCAUUACAGGAGAUUCUAGUUGAAAGAGGUUGAUCAUAUACAUUCUCCUCAGAUUAUUGUUACAAUGGCUUAAAGAGUGUUAUACCCGAGUUGUGGUCUGGCUUAUUAUUAUUUUGAGCCAAAGAAAAGAAAAAAGAAAAAGUAUUGCCUUGAAGUCGUAAAUGCCUUUGACACUUGGCAUAGUGCACGGAUCAAGAUUGGCUGGUAGAGAGUAUAAUUAUUAUUUCUUAUUAUCUCUGUUGUUGUGCUAUUGUAAAUAAUCUCGUUGGGAGAGAGUAUUAAUGGUCAAUUUUGUAACUUCAUACAAAAAGAUAUAUGUGUAAUGUAAUGUCACCAGCUUCUCAUCUUAUAUACGUAUCGGCAUCCCAUUCAUUGUAAACAUGUGUGGAGUUCACAACAAGUUUGCCUCUGUUUUUUGGAUUAUUACUUUGUAUGUAUUGAACCAAAAUGUCUAAACAUUGAACUAGACCAUUCAAUACCUUAAAAAUAAUUUUUUUAUGACA